AGUGGCUGAUCCGUAUCAUUACUCAACGAGUUAUAGAACGUAUUACCAGCCUACAGUGUUCUCUCUCGCUCGAACCUGAACGUCUCCUCUCUUGCAUCUCUCUUGCAGACUCAGCUCUCUCUCUUGCAUCUCUGUCUGUCUCUGUGUCUCGCAGCUCUCUCUCUCUGUGUUUCUCAUUCUCUAACUUAGACUCUCUUGCUGGCUCUCUGUGGUGGUUGGAUCGUGGAAGCCUUCUCUACAAGCACCGAAAAAAACUGAUCCAAGUUUCUUAAAACAUGAUAAAAGUGGUUCAGAUGAAAUGCUGUAAAUUGCUAGUCCAGCUCUUAAGCUAAGUUCAAAUAUCUUUGGGAAAACGACAUCCCCUUCUUGUACUGCCAGUAGUUCUUGUCAUCAUACUUCAUGGUACCUACCUCUUUGAAGAGUUUCCCGCUCCACACUUCAAGAAUAUUUUUUCUGCCAGUUUUUAGUUCUAAGUAUUCUAGAAGUCUCAAAAUUACUGAAUCAAAGAUUUGAAAUUGGUGUUUUUUCCCCUUUGGGUAGUUCAGAUUAUAUUGAAUCAAUGCAGUUUAGGUUAAUCCCAUAUAGAAUAUAUAGUACGAGUGUUGUGGUUUCCUCCACUUCUCAGAUUGCCCGGUUUGCCCGUGUCGGCCAAAUCGAGAAUGCCAGAAGGGUGUUUGAUCAAAUGCAUGAUAAGAGCAUUGUCGCUUGGAACUCAAUUGUUUCUGGGUACCUCCAAAAUUUUCGGCCUUGUGAAGCCAGGAUCUUGUUUGAUAGAAUGCCAGAGAGGAACACUGUUUCUUGGAAUGGGUUGUUGUCUGGGUAUAUAAAGAACGGGAUGGUUGGUGAAGCUAGAAAAAUAUUUGAUACUAUGCCUGAAAGGAAUGUUGUUUCAUGGACCGUGAUGGUUAGGGGAUAUGUCCUAAAGGGCAUGGUUUCGGAGGCGGAAUCACUGUUUUGGCGAAUGCCUGAAAAGAAUGUUGUGUCUUGGACCGUAAUGUUGGGUGGUCUAAUUCAAGAAGGACGGGUUGAUGAGGCUUGUCGACUUUUUGAUAUGAUGCCCGAGAAGGAUGUGGUGGUGAGGACUAGUAUGAUCGGAGGGUAUUGUCAGGCAGGUCGACUGGCUGAAGCUCGUGAGAUUUUUGAUGUUAUGCCACGUAGGAAUGUGAUUACUUGGACUACAAUGAUUUCUGGGUAUGUCCAUAAUCAUUGCAUUGAUGUUGCUAGAAAGCUUUUUGAAGUGAUGCCAGCGAAAAAUGAGGUAUCAUGGACGGUGAUGCUUAUGGGGUACACUCACUGUGGGCGGAUAAAAGAGGCUUCAGAACUUUUUGAUGUAAUGCCAAUGAAGUCAAUUGUUGCUUGUAAUGCAAUGAUACUUGGAUUUGGCCAGAAUGGGGAGGUAGCUAAGGCAAGGAGGGUGUUUGACCAAAUGAGGGAGAAAGAUGAUGGGACGUGGAGUGCAAUGAUAAAGGUUUAUGAAAGGAAAGGACUUGAAUUGCAAGCUCUUAAUUUGUUUGCUGCAAUGCAAAGGGGAGGAAUUAGCCCAAACUUCCCUUCAUUGAUCAGUGUUCUUUGUGUUUGUUCCAGCCUGGCAAGUCUCGAUCAUGGUAAACAGGUUCAUGCUCAGUUGGUGAGAUCCCACUAUGAUCGUGAUGUGUAUGUUUCCUCAGUUUUGAUCACAAUGUAUGUCAAAUGUGGAGACCUUGUGAAGGCAAAGCUGGUGUUUGACAGGUUUGCUCCAAAGGAUAUUGUUAUGUGGAAUUCUAUUAUUACAGGGUAUGCCCAGCAUGGUUUAGGAGAGGAAGCUUUGCAGGUCUUCCAUGAGAUGUGCUCUUUGAACAUUUUGCCAGAUGAUGUCACAUUUAUUGGAGUUCUUUCAGCAUGUAGCUACACUGGGAAGGUCAACGAAGGGCGUGAAAUUUUUGAGUCCAUGAACUCCAAAUAUCAGGUGGAGCCAACAACUGAACACUAUGCUUGCAUGGUUGAUCUACUUGGCCGAGCAGGCCAGGUAAAUGAGGCAAUGAAUUUAAUUGAGAAUAUGCCAGUGGAAGCAGAUGCUAUUGUUUGGGGUGCUUUACUGGGUGCUUGUAGAACUCACAUGAAGUUGGAUUUGGCUGAAGUUGCAGCAAAGAAACUCGUACAGCUUGAGCCCAAAAAUUCUGGGCCCUACAUUUUACUAUCAAAUAUUUAUGCAUCCAAAGGUAAAUGGCAUGAUGUUGCAGACCUGAGGAAAAAAAUGAGAGCAAGGAGUGUGAGCAAGUCACCUGGGUGUAGCUGGAUUGAGGUGGAGAAGAAAGUACAUAUGUUUACUGGGGGAGAUAGCAUGGGCCACCCUGAGCAGGAAAUCAUCUUGAGAAUGUUGGAGAGAUUAAGCGGAAUGUUAAGGGAAGCUGGGUACUGCCCUGAUGGUACCUUUGUGCUGCAUGAUGUGGAUGAAGAAGAGAAGGUGCAGAGCUUGAGGUAUCAUAGUGAGAAAUUGGCUGUAGUAUAUGGACUCCUAAAGCUGCCAGAAGGGAUGCCCAUUAGGGUGAUGAAGAAUCUUCGAGUUUGUGGGGACUGUCAUUCUGCAAUCAAAUUAAUAGCAAAAAUAACGGGGAGGGAGAUCAUUUUGAGGGAUACUAAUAGAUUUCAUCAUUUCAAGGACGGAUUGUGUUCUUGCCGAGACUAUUGGUGAUCGCACAGUUCCACAACAUACUGUUUUAGAGCAUCAUUUGUGCAUACUCACCCUCCAAGAGUCUCACAUUAGACAUUCAGGCAAAGUCUCACAUCACUGGAUGAUUUUAAGCUAAUAUUAUGAGUGAUUGUUUUGGCCUGAUGAAAAAAGUAAAUUUAAAAAAUGAGUAGGAACAUGCUUAGCAAAUCAACCUCAUGAGUUCAGGGUUAUACAUGGCUUAUGCUUUACAAAGAAGAAAAGAAUCAAGGCAAAAAUGAUCAGAUGAUCCGGAUUGAUCUUAAAAAUGGUGCAAUUAAUGACCUAGUUGAGACAUGUGACUGAGCAGUCAACCUUUUUCCCGUGUGAAAUUUUUCUACAAUGUCCAUAGACUGCUCUCUAGUUGGUAACUUAGAUGCUCUAAAACUCUGUUGUAAAUAUAAAUAUUUCAGAGGCCUUGUCAUGAGGAUUCCAAGAGUGACAACUUUCUCACUGGCAUCUAAAGUGUGAGCAUGUGAAGGCAGCAUGGCAUGAUUGCUUCAUGAGGGAGAUCCUCCAUCUCAUUUGCUGUGCCAUGCCAACCAAAUUCUGCAGGGCAAGUUUUAUCACUGAACAUAGCAUAGUUUGUUUGAGGUUCUAUGAUGAUUUGCAGCUAGAUAUAUGACAUUACAUUAUUAUGAAGUGGGUUUAAGGUCAUUCAGCAAAUUUUGUUUUUGCAGGCACUUUGGGUUGGAGGUCAUACAGAAGAUUCAGUGGAUUUAGAAAUGCAUUGGUAUGCGCACCAAAGGGUUAAGCGAUUGAGGUUAACUCCACUUCCCUAAUGCUCCAACCUAAGCCACCAAAAUGCUGAUUGGUUCUACUACUCCCAACCCAUAUUGAGGUGCUUUUCUUGAGUCAGCAGAGUCCAACAAGUCAAUGGUACAGUCCAUUUCUUGUGGCGCGUUACAACCCUGACACUAAGGAAUUCAAAGCGUGUGCCGUGUCAUGUCUGGGUUUGCAGAUUCUUUUUACAGAGAGGGAACUACACCUGCUCUAAUAGGUGGGGUUCAAAACUGGAAGAAACAUUUGGGGCAAGACCAGAUUUGUUAGCAGAUACAAUGGUGGUGGACUGAAAUAAUUACAUCUGUUUAUUCCAAAACUCCAACUGAAAAAGCAAUGAGAAACUUGGGCUACCUACCAAAUGUAUGUGGUAAGGGCUAUGCCUGAAUAGCUGGGCCAGCAUAUUUUCCCUGGCGCUUAUAGAGAACAUCUGGUGUUUCUAUCUCUGCAAGCCAUGCAUAGUCCUCUUUUUUUCCAUUAAUUAUACCAGCUCCAUUUCUUGCUACUGGCAGCAAUGUGUUUAACAGCUGACUCAAGUUAGUUGCCAUUUUCAAAUGAGAUUGGCCUGUCGUUACAAGUCUCAAACCAUGAAAGGUCCUUAUGAUUGACCGUUCUUCUGUUGGUCAAAGAGGUCCAUCCUUUUUUCAACCAAAGCAAAUGAAGUUGGUCUAUUUUGAAUGGAAUUUGGACUGGAUGAUGUUCUGAGUGGCUCGAAUCCAACCUUUUUUUUUUUUUUUUGGAAAAAUAGAAAGAAACUGAAUAUAUAUAUAUAUAAAAGCCUGCAUCAAUUCUUUCCCAAGAGAGAGAUAUUGCCCACUCCCAUGCAUCCUAGAAAAUACGUACAAAACUAUGAAUAGGGACAGCAUGUACAAGUCCUUUUUAAGUCUUCAGACAAAUAACAUGACCGACAGGACAUGUGCAUUUGACAGCAAGAGACUGUUCUCUGUUUUUUCUAUCCUGUUUCUUUCUGUUUAUUUGUUUUAUUGUAAUGGUGUUGUGCCAUGGAUCUGAAAGGUGCUGCAAGAGAUUGUCAAAUGGUCCCUUUCCAGUAAUAUUGUGCAGAACCACAAAUCCCCAAAAUGCCAACAUUGCCAAUCUAAUUGUGGAUUGAUCUUCAAAGUGAACAAAAUAACUGCCGUAAGAUAACGUUGGAGUUAGUGCAACGAAGGAAUGAGAGAGUACUUCAUAAAUGUGUAGCGAUCGAGUAAGCCAAAUUUAAAGCAAUGGGGAAGAAGUACUAGGAAACCUUGAAAUUGUUGUUGUUGUCAUGGUUUAUUUUUAUUAUAAUGAACAUGUAGUGGUGAAUGUUGUGGGAAUGUAAUGGGCAUGUGGUGAAGGUUGUAAUCUUUUGUUGUGAAUGCUGAAUGUUGUUCUUUUUUUCCAGCUGAAUAAA